GCUUUUUUGUAUUAUAAGGAAAUAAUAAUAAAAAAUUUUUUAUUUUUUAUUUUUCAUUUUAGUUUAUUUUAUUCUAUUCUAUUCUAUUUUUCUUUUUCAACAAAAUGAAGGUGAUUCGUGUUAGUGAAAGUGAAAACUUUGAAACUGAAGUAAAGAAAGCAGUUGAGACAGGCAAUCCUGUCUUUGUUCUCUUUUAUGGUAAUGAGCUUCCAGAAACUUCAGAGUCAUGGUGUCCUGAUUGUGUUAUUGCUGAUCCUCUCAUUCGUAAAUCUGUAAUGGCCGUAAAAGAUAGUAUUCUUGUUGAAGCCCCAGUUGGUUAUCGUAAUGAUUGGAAGGGUAACACUAGCCAUCCCUAUCGAGUUCGUUAUCAAGUCCCUGCUAUUCCUACUUUAUAUAAAUGGACUAUGAAUGGACCUGGUGACAUGUUGGUUGAAAAUGAUUGUGCUGAUGUUACAAAACUUGCUCAAUUCUGUGGAAAUUAAUAAAAUAGUAUGUGUAGGCCAUUGCUUUUAUCUGAUAAGAUCAACAACAACAAAAAAAAAAAAAAAAAUGUUCAGGUCACGCG